GUCGAGCGGGCGGCGUUUCUUUCAAGUACACAGGCCCGGACAAAUGUACGUGAGAGCAGAGCCCUGGUUACAGAGCGCUCGAGUGGGCCAUUUGCUACCUCUGCAGGUUGUGGAAAUGGUAGAUGGACCUCAUAGAAUGGUAAUUUCCCACGAAGAUAAGCAAGGGGCGAUCGCGUGCAUUAAGAUUCGCAGCG